AUGGUGACAAAUCCACAGUUUAAGCUGAAUUUCCUGGGAUUCAGAGAAGUUCCGAGCCACAUUUCACAAAGGGUGCGAAAUAUGUUGUUGGCGGCUGGUAAAGUGAUCCAACAAGAACAACAAGAGAAACAAAAGCGAGCUGAAGCUGCUGAAGCCGCUGAAAAUUUAAAUCAAAGCAGCAGCAACAACAACGACAUUGCAACAGCGAGCACAAGCGCUACCAACGGUAGUAGCAGAAGCAGAGCGAAUCCAAAUCAAAAUCCAGACACUACCGAUUCGUUGCUGAUUGAACAUGACGUUUCGGACACGAUGGGUGCAUCGCUCGAUUUUGAUACAACUUUGAUGAUGGAAAUCAAUAGUUAUUUGUGUUCAAAAACCGAAAACAUCGAAAAUGGACUGCAAAAAUAUCCUAUCCUUCGGCGCAUUUUUCUCAAGUACAAUUGCAUCAGAUCGACAGAAGCCAUUUGUGAACGAUUGUUUAGUUAUGCCGGUUUCUGGUGUUUUUUAUUCGGGGUGUGGUGUUUGGAUUCAUAUAGGAAAAUGGAAAUGAAAAUCAACCAAACCUUGUCUCUCUUGGUUCGGACCCCAGUUGUCAUAUGUCAACAUUUUAACUCAACUCAGUGUCAGGCAUGAUACUAACGGAGCAACGAGGCCGAAUGACAGCUCAAUUCUUCGAAGAUCUGUUGAUAUUACACAUGAAUGACUGGAACUGGGAUUAAGUCUAUC